CUAAAAGCUCCCACGUUCGGUACGUUUCGUAGUGCGUUCGGUAGCAGGAGAAUAACCGUCAUGUAAGCAUCCAGAGAGUAGCAGGACUCUCCUUUAAUCAACAAGUCCUCCUGCUAAGUUCCGUGGUAGCAGCAGCAGGAUAAAAGUAUCAAUCGCGGGUGAAAAACGCGUGUAGGGUAGUAGUAGUCAUGUCUCUAUCUAUCAAACUGAAGCAGUUUCAUAUUCCCAAAGUCAAGGGAGAGAAAUUGGCGAGAAUCGAAUUUCGAGGAGUCUCGCAUUUAUCCAAGUUAUUCGAGGAUGCUGAAGGAGAUAUUAUUAUUAUAGACCAGAGGUUCGAUUGGCCUGUAGCACGACCGAUUGAGGAAAGCGAACUGCUCCAAAUUGAAUUGGUUGCCCGGAAUCGCUUAUUCCCGGACAAAAUUAUAGGAACGUACUUACUGGUGUUACAGCAAGUAGUAAAAGAUGGACGUAUAAACGUUCACGACAAUCUAAUUGAUAGCAAUAACAAACCGUUGCCGGCGACGGUUGAAUUCGAAGUACUCUAUAUUACCCCCGACGGUUCAAAUGUUUCCUUUACGGACAGCGCACAAGCUUACGAUAUGUUUCCGGAUGACCAACAAAUGCUUAUCGAUAUCGAACAGAAUAUCGCUAACAUAGAAAGAAGCAUUUCCGACAAUAAACAGGAAAGGAUUCAAGUAACAACCAAAAGCCGCAGAGCCGUGUUGGAAAGGGCAAUAACGUUCAGCGCUUCGGCAAAAUCCACAGAUUCAGCGGACAAAGGUGAACGUAAGAGAAAUUCAACGUUUCGAAACAUGAAAAGCUUAAUGCGGUUCGGAAAGCAGAGGCCUUCGAGGGAAUCCGGAAGCGAUGAUGAAAAUGCCUAUCUCCUUCAAAGGCCCGAUUCUGCUAAGAGCUCUCGCCAUCAAUCUGAAUCCGAAUCAGCCCCAAUAUCGCGGGCAGAAAGUCAAACAUCCCUUGAUUCUAAUCUGGAAGACAGUAGCCAGUCGCAAACGUUACAACUUCAAAGGAAAACAUCCAAAAUAAAAUCGGAAAUUGCAAACGCAGAGCAGUCAGCGUUAAAAGCUCAAGAUUUCCAGGUUUGCAUUACAAUAAUUGAAGCGCGUCAGUUGGCAGGACUUAAUAUGGAUCCAGUGGUGUGCAUUCAAAUUGGCGACCAAAGAAAGUACACGAGCGUCAAGGAGAGUACGAAUUGCCCGUAUUACAAUGAAUAUUUUGUGUUUGACUUCCAUAUGCCUCCACAAAAUCUUUUCGACAAAAUCAUCACACUGUCGGUGCUACAAUCUCGCAAUUUUCUGAGGACUAACAAAUUACUGGGCAGUUUCAAGCUUGAUAUUGCUACGGUGUUUUCGCAGCCAGAUCAUCAGUUUUACCACAAAUGGGCUCUUUUGACCGACCCUGACGAUAUUUCUGCGGGCCCCAAAGGAUACCUCAAAUGCGACAUCAGUGUUAUCGGAAAAGGCGAUACCGUGAAAGUUCCACCUAAAAGCGAAAAGGACGAAGACGACAUUGAAGCAAAUCUUCUUCUGCCGGACGGAGUUCCAAUAGAUCGUCAAAGGGCGCGCUUCAUAUUAAAAAUAUACAGGGCGGAUGGCUUACCGAAAAUGAAUUCUUCAUUGAUGGCCAAUGUCAAAAAAGCGUUCACUGGAGAAAUAAAUGACCUCGUUAGUCCAUUCGUUCAAGUUUCAUUUGCUGGACUUACGGGUAAAACGAGUGUAAAAAAGAACAGUUAUUCUCCAGUUUGGAACGAACAAUUAGUCUUCACCGAAAUGUUUCCUCCCUUGUGUCAACGAAUAAAAAUUCAAUUGCGCGAUUACGAUCCCGUCAAUCCGAAAAUUAUAGGGACCCAUUACCUAGACCUGAAGACAAUAGCUAAUGACGGAGAGAAGGGCUUUCUUCCUACCUUCGGUCCCUCCUUCAUACACCUGUACGGCUCCACGAGAGAUUACAGCAUCAUAGAUGAACAUUAUAAUCUCAACAUCGGAUUAGGGGAAGGUGUCUCGUACAGAGCAAGACUCUUCAUUGCUUUGAGAACCGAAAUAACUGACACGAUCGAUUUUUCUCCUUCGAAAGUCGAAUUGGAACCAACAACAUCGGUUUCUGAAUCUGCGUAUGGAAAGUACGACGAAUUCUUCCUGUUCGCAUCGAUUCUAGAAGCCACAAUGAUAGACAAGAAAAUCGGGGAGAAACCAGUGUAUUUCGAAAUCAGUAUUGGAAAUGCCGGAAACGUAAUUGAUGGCCAAAACGAAUCGUACAACGCCGAAAUUAACAUUUCUGACCAAGAGGAAAUUGAAUCAGUGGUUAGUGAUGGUGGUUCUUGGCAAAGCACAACAUCUCCCACAAAACCCAUGACCCAUGAUCGACUGUAUUACUUCCUUCCUUACUGGGAUGACAAGCCUUGCAUGCAUGUCCGAUCUAUUUGGCCCGACCAUCGAAGAAGAAUGUACAACACCAACAUCAUUGUCAAAAUAGUCGAAAAACUGGAAGAAGGGUUACUAGAGGUUCAUUCAAUGAUUGAAGCCGAAAACCCGAAUACUGAAACUCGUUUGAAGCAAGUUCUAGACGAACUUUCUAUGGGCUGCAACAAAUACGUUUCUAUCACGAAAGGGUCGUCUUCGGCACCGGGAAACGGAAAAACGAAACUGGAUAAAGAAUAUACGAAGCUUUGUCAAAGGGAAAUCGAAAAUAUUGGUGCUACAUCUCGUAACCUAAAAGCUGUCGUUACCAAAAGUUCCAUUAGAGAAAGAUACAAAACGGCACAAAAAUAUCUGGCCAAACUAAAAUUUAUUAUGGAAAAUCCCCAGCAUUCUUUACCUGACGUGUUUAUUUGGCUAAUAAGUGGUGGAAAAAGGCAAGCUUACCAAAGAAUAUCUGCCCGAGAUAUAAUUUAUUCAAUAGUGGAUGAAGAAUGUGGAAAGAUAUGCGGGAAAGUACAAACAAUGUUUCUAAAGCUCCCAGGAAAAAGGAGCUCGGGACAAAGCGGUUGGACGAUCCCAGCAAAACUAAACAUUUACUUGUGGCUUGGGUUAUUAAAACACAAAAAACAUUUCUUAAGUGGCCUUAUUAAAGGAUACGAGAUAUCGAACGAAAUUCGCAACGCCGAAAGACCAAAAGCAUUGCCACCCACUACCAUUCAUUACGUAGAAAAACACAUCUUUCAACUACGAUGUUACGUCUACCAAGCGAGGUCCUUGAUCGGUUCAGACGCUUCAGGAUUGUCUGAUCCUUUUGCCCGUAUAAUAGCCGGAGAGUAUAGUAAAACAACGCAGGUCAUAGACGAGACCUUAAGUCCAACAUGGGAUGAGCUACUCAUAUUCGACGACAUCCUUCUGUUUGGAGCAGCUAAUGAACUCAAAGUCAAUCCCAUUACAAUCAUAAUAGAGAUUUACGACCAAGAUAAGGUUGGAAAGGCAGAAUUUAUUGGUCGGGCAAUCGCGAAACCACACGUCAAAUUGGCCAACGAAAUGUACAGCAAACCAAAAUUUCCUACAAGUUUGGAAUGGUUCGAUUUGGCGAGAGGUAGCGACCACGCUGGUGAAUUAUUGGCAGCAUUUGAAUUAAUAGAAGUGUCAAACGAUGGAGACAUAACGUUACCUCCCUUGCCAUCCCCUAAACGCACUUUUGUCGGGGAAGAGGACCAGCAACAAAAUGCAGUACCGCUUCUUCCAGUUCCUCGAGGAAUUCGACCAACUUUAAGCAAAUAUAGGAUCGAAGUGCUCUUCUGGGGUUUACGCGACCUGAAACGGGUCCAUUUGUUAACCGUAGAUAAACCUAGAGUAGAUAUCGAAUGUGCUGGUCAUAUUCUUUAUUCGUCUGUGAUACAAAACGCUAAAAAGAAUCCAAACUUCAGCACACCAAUUAAAUUUUUAGAUCUAGAACUGCCAGAACAGGAACUUUACAGGCCACCGCUCACCAUAAGGGCCGUGGACUGUCGAAGUUUUGGAAGAUACACUUUAGUAGGUACCCAUAUAAUAAACUCGAUACAAAAAUACAUGUACAGCCCAUCGAACAAAAAAGAACGUGAAUCCGAAGACCAACAAUCCAUCUUCGACUUACGCACCAUAGAAUGCGGACCCAAUUACCAACAGAACUGUUUGGGGGCGUCGUCAGAUUUAGGCAGUUCCAGAGAAAGAAGCCCAUUGCUUCCAAAAGACGUUGCAAUAACCAUCGACUACGGUACAAGUCACGUAGAGAAGAAGUCGAAAUCGGAAGUCAAGAAACGAAGGAAGCACAGUGCGGAAACUGAAGGUGACGACGAAGUCGAAGGAAGAGACUGGUGGACUAAAUAUUUCGCGUCAGUUGAAGAAAUGAUAAGCGAGUGCAAGGAAGCUAGAAAGACCUGCAAUCAAAACGGGAAUCUUAACACUUUAACUAAUGGGAAUGUGGGAAGAAUUAACAGCACUUUUUCCAUGAAUUUAGACAAAAGUCCCGAGAAGAAAAUAUUUGGUUUCAAAACAGCAACAAAAGUCAGUCCAAGACACGGAAAAUUCAAACCUAAAAAGAAACCAGCACUUUGUAAAAUUUAUCCUUCAGAACUCGAGUGUGUUCCUGAAUUUGAAGGGUUCAAGGAAUGGCUCCAUACAUUUGAGUUGUACCGGGGUAAAAAAACCGGCGAUGACACCGAAGACGAAAGCAGAAUUGUUGGAGCAUUUAAGGGUUCCAUAAAAGUUUACAAGUGGCCUCUACCAAAAGACGUAGAACAUCACACAGUUAUGGGGUUCGAUCCCCAAUACGGGUUUUUCCAAGGGGUGCCGUCAAACGAACCCAUCCACGUCUUAGUAAGAGUGUACGUAGUCAAAGCGAACGACCUUCAUCCCAUGGAUUACAAUGGAAAAGCCGAUCCCUACAUAGUCCUUCAACUGGGAUCUAAAAGAGUAAGCGACAAGGACAAUUACGUAUCGAAGCAGCUGAAUCCGGUAUUUGGAAAAUGUUUCGAAUUCGAAGCUACGUUCCCACAGGAUUCGAUGCUCACCGUUCAAAUUUACGACUGGGAUUUAGUCGGAUCGGACGAUAUGAUUGGAGAGACAAAGAUCGAUUUGGAAAACAGGUUUUAUAGCAGGCACCGAGGCACCUGUGGGAUUCCAGAAAAAUACGAGGAGCAAGGAUACAAUACGUGGAGAGAUUCAUUGAAACCGACGCAAAUUCUAUCGAAACUUUGCAAAGAAGGCAAAGUGGACCCACCUGUUUACACCGAUGGUCACGUUCAAAUUGGACACGUGAAUUUUUCGGUCCAUUUCGACGACAUGGAUUUCUACAGUACACCAAACGUGGAAGAGCACAUGGCACUUGCAGUUUUACACAGGUGGCAUGAGUUCCCAAGAAUUGGGUGUCACCUGGUCCCGGAACAUGUCGAAACUCGACCUUUGUACAACCCCAACAAGCCGGGGAUCGAGCAUGGGAAGAUCGAGUUAUGGGUAGACAUGUUCCCCAUGGACAUGCCUCUUCCUGCGGCGGCCCUGGACAUCUCUCCGAGGAAACCAAAGAGUUACGAAAUGAGAGUGAUAAUAUGGAACACUGACGAAGUCGUUUUGGAAGAUGACGCCUUUUUUACGGGGGAGAAAAUGUCCGAUAUUUACGUAAAAGGAUGGUUGAAGAGCUCUGAAGACUGCCAAUGUACAGAUAUUCAUUACCGAUCUCUAACAGGAGAGGGGAAUUUCAAUUGGAGAUUUGUCUUCCCCUUUGAUUACAUGGUGGCCGAACAGAAAAUAGUGAUUUCGAAAAAGGAAUCCCUUUUCUCAUGGGACGAAACCGAAUGUAAAAUUCCGGCACGCAUGGAGCUUCAAGUAUGGGAUGCAGAUCAUUUUUCAGCUGACGAUUUCUUAGGAGCAAUAACUUUGGAUCUCAAUAAAUUUCCCCGAGGGGCAAAAUCGUCGAAAUUGUGCACUUUGGACAUGUUGAGGAACGACGCGACCGUUCCAAUGGUAAAUAUAUUCAAACAGAAAAGGGUGAAAGGUUGGUGGCCGUUCUACGUUAAAAAAGAAAAUGAAGAUCUGGAACUGACGGGAAAAGUUGAGGCAGAAAUACACCUGUUGACGAAAGAAGAAGCUGAGAAAAAUCCGGUGGGUCUAGGAAGAAACGAACCGGAACCGCUAGAUAAACCCAAUCGUCCAGAUUCAUCCUUCAUGUGGUUUAUGAAUCCCCUCAAAUCAAUAAGAUACAUUUUGUGGCACAACUACAAAUGGACGAUACUGAAGCUGACGAUAAUCAUCGGUUUGGCAGUUAUAAUUUUACUUUUUGUUUACUCCAUUCCCGGAUAUUCAGUUAAAAAGAUGAUGGGAGCGUAGUGCGUACUUAUAAGCAAGUAGUUUGUUAUAAAGUACAUAUACAUAAAUUAGUUACAUACUUUAAGCUCAGUUUUAGCUUAGUUAGUAACAUAUACAAAGUAAAUAUUCGUUACAGUUCAAUUAAAAGGUUUCUCGUUUGAAUUGCAUGGGAACAUUUUUUGACAAACAUAUACACAUAUUUUAAAAAGUACUUAAUACAGCAAACAAUAACAAAUAUUUAUAAAUAGAAGAAAACACAUUUAAGAACGUGGAGAGAUAUGAUUUGUAAAUUUUUCAAUAAGUAGUUAUAGCUAAUCUGUAA